CAACCAAUUAUAUUGCCGAAUGUUCAUGCUGCAAAAUGGCGACUUCCAUUCGUCAACAACUUUCGCAGCUUGCAAGCCUUUCACAUUCAGGGGGAUCUCACAAAGAAGUCACAGAAAAAUACAGAGGGAUAUUGGAAACAAUAUUAAAAACAGGUGGCAGUGACCUAGUGCCAUGCCUUCAGGCAUUUGUGGAGGCUUUGGUCAAUGAGAAUGUCAGUCUGGUGAUCUCGCGACAGCUGCUGUCCGACUUCUGUAGUCACUUGUCCAAGCUGAGUGACCCUCUGGCCAAACAAGUGGCCCACUUCACACUAGAGAAGGUCCACACUCGAGUUAUCUCAUUUGAGGAACAGGUGGCAGCCAUACGUCAACACCUGGCAGACAUCUAUGAAAGGGAAUUGUCUUGGCGAGAAGCUGCCAAUGUGUUGGUAGGAAUUCCCCUAGAGACAGGACAAAAGCAGUAUGCUACAGACUACAAGCUAGAAACGUACCUAAAGAUAGCCAGACUCUAUCUGGAGGAUGAGGAUCCGGUUCAGGCAGAAGCUUACAUCAAUAGAGCAUCACUACUACAGGCAGAUACCCGCAAUGAGGAGCUUCAGAUACACUACAAGGCCUGUUAUGCCCGUGUGCUGGACUACCGCAGAAAGUUCAUUGAAGCAGCUCAGAGAUACAAUGAGCUGUCAUUUCGUACCCUGAUAGCCGAGGAAGAGAGACUCACCUCACUGAAAAAUGCUCUCAUCUGUACCAUUCUAGCAUCAGCCGGACAACAGAGAUCUAGAAUGUUAGCUACGCUUUUUAAAGAUGAGCGAUGCCAACAGCUACCAGCAUACCACAUACUAGAAAAAAUGUACUUGGACAGAAUAAUCCGCAGCAGUGAUUUACAGGAAUUUGCAUCAUAUUUACAGUCUCACCAGAAAGCUGUUACUUCAGAUGGAUCUACAAUUCUAGACCGAGCGGUUAUCGAGCACAACCUUCUCUCAGCCAGUAAACUUUACAAUAAUAUAUCUUUUGAUGAACUUGGAUCCCUUUUAGAAAUUCCAUCAACAAAGGCAGAAAAGAUUGCUUCCCAGAUGAUAACGGAAGAGAGAAUGAAUGGAUGUAUAGAUCAAAUUGACUCCAUUGUACAUUUUGAAGAUCGUGAGGCGUUACCCACAUGGGAUAAACAGAUUCAGAGCCUCUGUUUCCAAGUCAACCAGAUCAUCGAGAAAAUCGACCAAACGGCACCCGACUGGAUGGUCAAGUUUAUGGAGACGCAAAUGGCCCAGUAACCAUAGCAACGAUCAGCCAAAGGAUUUAGACGCUUUGUUCUGUGGAAAUUUAAAUAUCUGUGAAAUCACAACAAGAACGCAUGUGUUUAUAUUGUCGUUGAUAUGGACGAUGGAAAUUGUGUAAAGACUGCAAUUUUACAAAAGGAUUAAUUUCUUGAGGUUCCUGUAUCUUCACAGAAUAUUGGUUUCUUACGAUAACAGGAAAUACCAUAAUUCUACUGUAAACGUAUGUGAUAGAAUGCUUCAGAUCAAUAGUGCUAUUUAUAAAGACAGCUUAAAAGUUCAUAUAAACAUGUUGCUAUCCUCUUGUGAAGAAUGAACAAUGGACAAGGAAUGUGUAUGGACGUUUUGGAAUUCCGGGGAAUUUUUCCGGAAAGUGCUCAUAAUGUGUUUUACACAUUAUUAAUAGGAAGAUUCGGUUUAAAUAGUACAUGUAUUGUGUAUGCUUGGGUGUGUGAAUAGAAAUAUUCCUCAGUGUAGCUACUAUAUUAAACAAGAAUCUAAUUGAAUUUAAA